AUGAGUUUUAGUAGUAUACAAAAAUGUGCGGCUGCGCUUAGGUAUUUGGGAUACGGUAUAACAUUCGAUGCAUCUGACAAAUACUUGAAAGUAUCUGAGAGGACCGCAGUUGGAUGUGUAGAUUGGUUUUCUGCAUGUGUUUAUGAGGUUUUUCACAAAGAAUAUUUGCGCAAACCUACUCACCGUGAUAUCGAGAGAUUAUAUUCGGCUCAUGAGGAGAGGCAUGGAUUUCCGGGUAUGCUUGGCAGUCUAGAUUGUACGCAUGUGGCUUGGGAAAAAUGUCCAAAGGCAUGGCGUUGUCAGUUCACUCGAGGAGAUAUAGGUGAACCAACUAUCAUCCUAGAAGCUGUUGCAUCUCAAGAUUUGUGGAUAUGGCAUACUGACAAAGCACCUGAUAUGACGUUCACAGUGAACGGGCACGCGUACAAAUACAGUUACUACCUUGGUGAUGGGAUAUACCCGAAUUAUUCUACAUUGAUGAAGGGAUACUCGGUUCCUCGAAGUGAAAAGGCAAAGUUGUUUACAAAAAAACAGGAAUCAGCGAGAAAGGAUAUCGAGAGGGCAUUUGGAGUCAUUAAGCAGACAUGA